AUGACCUUCCGUGUUUUAUCAGAACACGAUGAGAAGGCAUGUAGCGAUAAUAUUUUAUUGCUAAAACUUUUACCAUUCUUUCGUGAUCUGCUUCAAUCAUAUCUAAAUUAUAAACGACAAAUAGUGUAUGAUCAAUUACAAGAACUAAUUCGAUUAGAAAAACAAGAUCCAUAUACAAUCAACCACUGCUAUACUACUACUAUCAAAAACUUUGAAAUGCAAAGAACUGAAGAAAAAUUGCCAAAAUCAAGUUCAAAAAAUGACUCUUCCGGAGAGGCCACAGACGAAGAUGACGAAUUAAUGUUUAAAAGUAGUUCAAAUGAUGAUGAAGCGGUACAAGAUAUGUUGACUAGCAUCCGCGUAUAUUGGAAACUAUUAUUGCAACGUUUCAUUGAUUAUGCUGCAUUAUCGAUACGUGCUGGGUGUGUCUUCGACAUAUGUCCUGACAUACGAAAACGUUUCAGACAAGUUCCUACGGAACAAGUCGAUUUCGUCGAUGCUUAUCUAAUGGAGGAUGCUUUCGUUCGAACCAAAAGACAACAGUUACAACAAGCUAGAGAACGAUUAAAGAAAGUAGAUGCAAUUCUUGGUGGAAGUAGUUCCACAAUUUAUGGCAAUGAUGCAUCGGAAGAUUCAAUAGAAAUUAGAAAUCCUUCAUUCAUGACUUUAGAUCAAUUGGAAGAACGUGUUCUAUUAGAAAAUAUUGAUGAAGCUUCACCUCCUCCUAAUACCAAUUCAACCAAUCGAUUAUUUCAGUUUGGCCAAUUAGUAACUUCGGCUCCGACAACCUUUAAUCUAACUUCAGAUAGACCAAUCAACAACUUCGACUUCUCCAUGGGGCGCCCUACCUUCAAGCAUAGAGAAGCAAAAGUUAACAUGAAAAGAAAAUGA